AUGGCCUUCCGCGUUUCGCCCAGCGUGGCCCUCCUCAUCGUCUUCUCCCUCAUGGCCGUCGCUCACUGCGUCCCCCUCAAAGCCGCCGAGCUCACCACCACCACCAUCGCCUCCUCCGCGGCCGAGGUGGACGCGGUUUCGGAAGGGGAGGGAGUCCCCCUCCCCCUGCCGUACAGCGAGGAAAGCCUCGUGUCCGACGUGGUGUCCGGUGAUGAAGAGGUACCCCGGGAGGUGGCGGUGGAGCCCGUCGCGGAGCCGGACCCCGAUCGGUCGCACCCGGGCAGCGACGGCGAGGAGGAGCUGACGGCCAAGGAGCAGAUCGACGACGACGACGACGACGACGAGGAGAAGAAGACAAGGAAGAAUCACGGCGGCGACAAGGAGGAGAAGAAGAAAAGAAAGAAGCGCCACGACUGCGACGGCAAGGACAAGAAGGAGAAGAAGACGAAGACGAAGACGAAGACGAAGAAGAAGACGAAGAAGCUGACGCCGCAUCACGACAAGAUCGACGACAGCGACGACGAGGACGAGCAGGAGAAGAAGGAGAAGCGGUGGAGGAAGGCCAUCAGCAGGAGCAUGUUCGGCCACGGCCGCCGCUCCCAGCGCGAGGAGGCCGCCAAGGACGAGGUGAACAACUAG